UACCUGGACGUUAUGUGGCACACCAGAAUAUCUGGCGCCGGAAAUUAUUCAAAGUAAAGGUCACGGAAAACCCGUGGACUGGUGGGCGUUAGGAAUUCUAAUAUUUGAAAUGUUAGCAGGGUAUCCUCCAUUUUUUGAUGAUAAUCCAUUUGGCAUUUAUGAAAAGAUUCUUGCCGGAAAGAUACAAUUUCCAUCGCAUGUUGAUGCGAAUGCUAAGGAUCUCGUUAAACGUCUACUAACAUCUGAUCGUACGAAGCGACUGGGUAACCUUCGGGGUGGUAGUGAAGAUGUGAGGAAGCAUAAAUGGUUCCGUGGUGUUGAUUGGCAAGGAUUAUACGAAAGACGUGUACAAGCACCGAUUGUUCCACCAUAUCAACAUCCAGGUGAUACUAGUAAUUUUGAAAAAUAUCCUGAACCUUCAGAUGAAGAGAAUAAUGUUAGUAGUCCAGGUAUCUUGCCGGGCGUUGAUCCUUAUCGACAUUUGUUUUUAAAUUUUUGA